CAUACUUUUGUAUUAUCUAAAACAUUAGUGUAAAGAAAAAUAGCAGAAUGAAUACAAAUUUAAUAAUUAAAGUGAUUAAAACAAAUGGUGAUGUAUGCCCGGAUCUUCUAUACAACAAUCCUCUAUUGGAUAAAACAGUGACGAGAGCACUUUCCAAGAAUUUCGUUAAUAUCUUAAACGUAUCAAGGGAUAAUUCGAACUUUAAUAAAAAUUUGAGACAUUCGUUGCUGACAUACAUUCGUAACGUAUGCCAAGUUCAACCAAAGGAACAUAUUAAGACCGAUGAAAAUGUUAUGAAUUUAGUCAAUGACGUUUACUUAAGAGCCCUAGAAAAUACUGACCUUAACAAGUUGCCUUGUGGAUUACAAGAAAGGUAUUCAGACUUUGGUCUUAAAUAUCUGAUGGAGUUACAUGACCAAUCAGAAGAUGAGCUAAUAAUGUUAUUAUCACAUUACCCAAGAUGGUUUGAAAUUUAUACAAAUACAUUAAAACAAUUAGAUAGUGGUUUAUGAAUUACUGUUUUUAAUUAACAUCACAAAAUUAUAAGAGCCUAUCUUUUUACAUAUGUAACACACUUUGUUUUAUUGAAUGGGUAAAAUAAAAUAAAAAAUAUUUAUAAAUCUUUAUUUAAAAAAAUUCUACCUCCAUUAUGAAUACUUUAAUCGCACAAUAUUCUUAUAUAAAUUAAAACUCAGAUUGCAAGGCUUUUAAAACCACUUAAAAGUAUGUUAGUAUCAAAGAUGAGCAUCUUUAUGACAAAACUAUUACAGGCUUUAACUUCAAG